AUGGACGCUCCCUGUGUGGCACUCUUCGGGUCCAAUGGCUUCAUUGGGAAGGAAAUUCUCCCGACAUUCCUGAAUGCGUUGCAAACACGCGAAUUGUCGUCCUUGAAGCUUGCAACACAAAACCCCAGGUCAUCGGCUUAUGAUGCUGCGCGCACCGGAGGAGCUAUUGUUUGUCUCAUCAAUUUUGGCGACAAACUUUCCUUGCGUCGGAUGCUAGAAGAUGUCGACGUUGUUGUGUCCUGUAUGGGGACAGGAGGUGACUCCAAGGAGAACAAGAAGCUGCUUGUCGAAGCUUGCGCUGAAGCGAAUGUGAAGGUUUAUGUGCCUUCUGAGUGGGGUACUGAUCACCUCCAUAUUAGAUAUCAGCAUCCAAUGUUUGCAAGCAAGCAGGAGCAUCAGUCUUAUGCUCAAAGCCUCGGCCUGAAGUCUAUCGCUAUAUACACUGGGAUGAUUAUGGAGACUUCAUUCUGCAAGUGGUUUGGAUUUGAUACGAAAAAUCGGACGUGGAACAUUGAUGCUGAGCGGGACUACGAGUCGAAGAAAGCCUCAAUUCCCCCUAACAUGAUAGGGCCGCUCAUGAAUCUCUUAGUUGCUGAUGGAUCAUUCGACCAUUCCUCCAAUGCGCGGGAGAUCAUCAAUCCGGGCCAAUGCUAUUUCAAGUGGACGACCGUGGAUGAUUAUGCUAGAGAGGUUGGUGGAUUGCCAUGGGAGAAUGAAUCUCCGUGGUGA